AUGUUGUCUCUUCUUCUUCCUCUAAUCUCACUCUUAAUCCAAAUCCAAUGCCUCACCGUUAAGUCACAACCGGUUCCGUUAAACAAAAUCUGCUCAGACGUCACCGGAAACUUCACCGUUAACACCACUUACGCCGUUAACCUCGACCGUCUCAUUUCCUCUUUAUCAUCUCUCCGACAAAACCAUAACGGAUUUUACAACAUCUCAGUCGGAGAAGACUCCGAUUAA